UGCAAUGCCAGCAACACCACCCACUCUUGAUGAGUCAGUCAAAAACGCCGAUACUUUAGAUGUCAAUGCUUUAAUAUCCGACAUAAGAAAACAAGUAGAGUCACAAAGUAGACCGAACAAACGACCCUGA